AUGUUUAUCCUUCAAGGCUCAGCCGUGGCGACUGGUCUGGCGAAUCUGUGUCUGCUUGGAUCAUGUGUUCAAGCCUCUCGUACCCCUUUGGCUUCCUGGACCGGAUGCCCUCCUGACGGUCCUCUACUUCCCCGUCCAACAAACUUGGGCAGCUCACAAAUCAUUCAGGAUGCGGCCACGAAGCUGACUGAGGCUCUUGACUCCUCAAUCAACGGCGAAACGAAAGCAGGAUUCCAAGUCGACAAUACAUCCUUUUCAAUCGCACUCGUGUCACCCUUCACUCAGAAUAGGAACGAUGGCAUCAUCUGGUCAUAUCACCAUCUUGGCAAGAACAAUUUCAAGGGAACAAAGAACAUUAGCAAUGAUUCCCAAUAUUUGAUUGGGUCUGUCUCAAAGGUCUUUUCUGAUUUGCUUCUACUCAAGUCGGAUAUUGAUCUAGCGCAUUCUGUCACUGAGUAUCUGCCAGGUCUCGACCAAAAAGGGACUCCAGUUCAAUGGAGCAACAUCACCCUUUCGGCACUGUCAAACCAUCUGGCUGGUAUCCCAUCCAAUUUACCUUCCUCUUUCGAGUCUUAUUACCUUCGCCCUCUUUUUGAACAGUUGGGUUUCCCCUUGGCUGAAAAUGAGAGUUAUCCAAUAUGUGGUGUCAGUGGGUUGAGCCAUGCUUGCAAUGAGCAGCAGAUUAUUGAGAUGAUGACUACUGCUCUCCCGGUUCAACAGCCUUAUUCACGGCCAGUAUACUCUACACUGGCUUUUACACUAUCCGCAAUGGCACUCAGUGAGAAGACGGGGAAGACAUAUGAUGAGUUGUUGGAUGAGACUAUCAUUAGUCCCCUGGGACUCACAAACACUGGAGUCUCACCUGGAGAUACUGAGAAAGCUGUUAUACCACCUCUAGAUGACAUGCACCAGGGAUGGGGCGCAGACUAUGGUUUGAAUGCUCCUGGAGGUGGAUUAUACUCGUCCAUUCGGGAUCUCUCGACAUUAGCUGCUCGAAUUCUUGACUACUCGAUCUUCCCAAACCCCGAUAUAACACAUCAAUGGCUGAAGCCUCAGUCAAUGCCCUCUUCGAUCAACAACCUCGUUGGUCGACCCUGGGAAAUACAACGAACCGAUAACCUCGUACCCCAAAACACACAUACAGUCAAUAUCUACGCCAAGAGCGGAGGAGCCAUGGGUUACAUAUCACAGCUCUCCUUGGUGGACCAAUACGGUGUGGGCUUUGUGGUACUCACGGCUGGUCCAGGGGAGGAUGCGACCGCAUCUAUUUUGAAUGACGCACUUAUUGCUUCUCUGAUUCCAGCCAUAGACCAAGAGGCUCAAACGCAAGCUCGGGAAUAUACAGGAAAUUUCUCGAUUCCGGUUUCAUCAUGCACCAGCAGCAAUCUGAUCAGUUGUUCAGCGGAUUUGAACCUUUCAAUCGACAGGGGAACAGGACUGAAGAUAGAUUCAUUGACUCGAAAUGGAUCUGACAUCCUAGGAGGCAUUCAGAAGAUCUGGGGAUACAUGAUCCCGCAGGUUGGAAUUCUUAACCCGGACUUCCGCAUUUAUCCCACAAACAUAGAGACGGAAAUGGAAGGGGCGGAAGGUGUUUUCUUUGAAGAUUGGCGCAUCAAUUUUGACAUCGUCCCCUCUGAUAACGCAGCAAUCUCUGAUCUACCUGGUCAGGGGAUAUUAUCUUCAAAGCUCUGCUCAUCAUGGCAGACUGCAGCUUGGCUCUACUAUGGUGGAGAAGCUUUGGACCGUGUGGUUUUCAAGGUCAAUCGCACCGCGGGAGAAGUCAUUGGAGUGGAUAUUCCGUUCUUACGAAGUGGAAUUCUUGAGAAAACUGUAUCAAUAGAUGGCUUACGCGAAGAAAACCGGGUAUAG